GCGGCGGCGGCGCCCGUUUCCUCCGUCGCGUCUCGGCGGCUGCGGCGGCCGCGGCCGGGCUCGCCGGUGGCCGGGGCUGCGGAGGAAGGAUGGCGUUCUUCGUGGAAAACUUCUGGGGAGAAAGGAACAAUGGCUUUGAUGUCCUCUAUCACAAUAUGAAACACGGACAUUUGUCAACAAAGGACUUAGCAGAUUUUAUUAGAGAAAGGGCUACAAUAGAGGAGACAUAUUCAAGGUCGAUGACAAAACUAGCCAAAUCAGCAAGCAAUUACACACAACUUGGGACAUUUGCGCCAGUUUGGGAUGUUUUCAAAACUUCAACAGAAAAGCUAGCAAGUUGUCACUUGGAUCUUGUGCGGAGAUUACAAGAGCUAAUAAAAGAAGUUCACAAGUAUGGAGAUGAACAGAUCAAAGCAUAUAAGAAGACUAAAGAAGAUGUUUCAGGAACUUUGGAAGCAGUGCAAAAUAUUCAAAGUAUCACUCAGGCCUUGCAGAAAUCAAAAGAGAACUACAAUGCAAAGUGUGUGGAACAAGAACGCUUGAAAAAGGAAGGAGCAACACAGAGAGAAAUUGAAAAGGCAGCAGUUAAAUCUAAAAAAGCAACAGAUACCUAUAAACUGUAUGUGGAGAAGUAUGCUGCAUUUAAAUCUGAUUUUGAACUGAAAAUGACGGAAACAGCACAGAAAUUUCAAGACAUAGAAGAAAUGCACCUGCUUCGUAUGAAAGAGAUUAUACAGUCAUUAUCAAAUACCAUAAAAGAAAUUCAUUUACAAAUAGGAGAGGUGCAUGAAGAGUUUAUUAAUAACAUGACAAAUACUACAGUUGAGAGUUUAAUACAGAAAUUUGCUGAGUCAAAAGGAACUGGCAAGGAAAGACCUGGCCCUGUUGAGUUUGAAGAAUGUAACACAUCCAGUGUAGCCGAAGGGAUAAAACCACGGAAAAGGAAGCCUUUUGGCUUAUCAGGAAUAAUGAAAAAGGAAAAAGAUACUGAAUCUGUGGAGUGUCCAGAUGCAGACUCAGUUAACUUUCCUGAUGUAGAUGAUGAAGGAUACAGCAUUAAACCGGAAGCAACACAGGAUACCAAAGAGAACCAUUUCUAUUCAUCCAGUGAUUCUGACUCUGAAGAUGAUGAACCUAGGAGGUUCCAUGUGGAAAUAAAACCUGUCCAGCCAAAUAACAGCUCUCAAUACACUAUGCCUUCUUUGGAUGAAUUAAAAGUAUCCAUAGGGAACAUCACUCUUUCUCCAGCAAUAUCUCAGAGACACAGUCCUGCACAAAUGAAUCAAAAUUCAUCCAGUGAAGAGUUAACAAAAUCAAAACUUUCUGCUCCAGCUAUUGAAAAGGGGAACAGUGACUUCCUGGCAUGGGAUCCACUCUUCAGCACUUCUCUUGAAUCUUCCUCUUCAGCUUCUCUGGCAUCCUCAUCCUCCUCAGCAAGGCCCACCACUCCUCUUUCUGUAGGCGCUAUUGUACCCCCUCCAAGGCCUGCUUCAAGACCAAAGCUGUCUACUGGGAAACUUAGUGGGAUUAAUGAAAUACCUAGGCCCUUCAGCCCUCCAUUGACCUCUAACUCAAGUCCACCUCCAGCAGCUCCUUUGGCACGAGCAGAGAGCAUUUCUUCUAUAUCCUCUUCUGCUUCCCUCAGUGCAGCAAACACACCUACAGUUGGUGUUUCACGUGGUCCCAGCCCCGUCAGCCUUGGAAACCAGGACACCUUGCCUGUUGCAGUAGCUCUUACUGAAUCUGUUAACGCCUACUUUAAAGGAGCAGAUCCCACAAAAUGUAUUGUGAAGAUUACUGGUGAUAUGACAAUAUCAUUCCCAAGCGGGAUUAUUAAAGUCUUCACCAGCAACCCAUCUCCUGCUGUGCUCUGCUUCAGGGUGAAAAACACAAGCAAACUAGAGCAGAUUCUUCCAAAUGCACAACUUGUAUACAGUGAUCAGUCACAAAGUGAUUCCAGUACUAAGGACUUUUGGAUGAACAUGCAAGCUAUAACGGUCUACCUCAAGAAAUUAUCAGAGCAGAAUCCAUCUGCAUCCUAUUACAAUGUGGAUGUUUUAAAGUAUCAGGUAUCUUCAAAUGGCAUACAGUCUACUCCCUUGAAUCUUGCAACUUACUGGAAAUGUGAUGCUAGCACUACUGAUGUGAGAGUGGAUUAUAAAUACAAUCCAGAGUCUAUGAAUGUGCCUAGUAUGCUGUCUAAUGUCCAGGUUGUGGUACCAGUAGAUGGAGGAGUAAUAAACAUGCAGUCACUUCCACCUGCAAAAUGGAAUGCAGACCAGAUGAAAGCAUGUUGGAAAAUAUCUAGCAUUUCAGAAAAGUCUGAGAAUGGAGGUUCUGGAUCCCUCAGGGCAAAAUUUGAGCUUUCAGGAGGACCCAGUAAACCAGCAACGCUUGCAGUGCAAUUCAUCAGUGAAGGAAGCACCCUUUCAGGAGCAGAUGUGGAACUCGUAGGCACUGGCUAUCGGCUUUCCCUUCUUAAGAAGAGAUUUGCCACUGGACGGUAUAUGGCAGACUGUUGAUGUACCUGUGAAAGUCAUCAGAUCAGCAUUGCAAGAAACACACUCUGCCCUCUCUACUUUUCAAACACUAUUUUAACAUGCAUUAAUUUUUCCAAAAUAUUGACCUACUUUGAGGCUAAACUACAGAAAGUAAAUGCACUUUUUAGAGUAAUUUUGGAAACUUUUUAUUACUUUACAAUAGCACUGAAAUUAACUUCAACACUGUCUGUAAAUGAUCAACUGCAAUACUUGGGAAAAUUUGCUGAAAAAUUAGUAAUUUUGUAUAGAGGAGGUCAAAAUAGUAAUCCACAGUUGUAAUGAAAGUAUGAAAUUUUUAUGUUGUACUGUAAACCUAAAAAUGUAGGAGCGCUAGUAAGAAAUAUUUGAGCUUUUCAUAAGUAAUACUCAUUUUUCAGAUUCUUUAAUUGCCAGCUUUGAAUUGACAGUUUAUAAAGAUAGCAGAGGCUAAGUCUCAUGUAGUUCUUUCCAUUCUUACCACAAGACCAACUGAGUUAGAGAUCUAUAAAAGUAAAUUGAUACCCAUAUAUCAUAUAUUAUUAAAACAUAAGUUGUUUUACAUAGGGGUUUUUUAAAUUAAGUGCAAUGUGUUACAAAUUGCAAAACACAGCAGAGAUUUACUUCUGCAGUUAGUAAAAUUUUUUGGGCCUUGUGAUAGUUUGAGUUAAUGCAGUAGAUUUAAUUUAUUUUUAUAUUAAUUGUGUAACAUUUGUGCCUUUCAAAUAAGCAUGUGCCUAUUCAAUUUGAAACUCACGUGCCUCUCUUCCUUUUUCAAAGUUUGGCUCUUCAUCAAGAAAGCAUGGUGUUUGGAUUAUACACGCGACUCUAUAAAAGUUCUUUUUUCAAUUUAUUUAGAAGUCAGGUUUGCAAAAACUGUAGUUUGUUUUAAAAGAAAUUUAAAACACUGAAUUACUUCCUCAAGGAAUAAUUGCAGUUAAAUGUGGCUUUAAUAAAGGGAGCUGCAUCAUGCAGGAUUUGGAAAUUUUUUAUUAAGUAAUUUUAAUGUCACCAAAGAGAAGAAUCUGAAAAAUAAGUGAAGAUAGGAAAAACAAACUUCUAAAAGCAGAUAGUGUUACUCUUUGCUUUGGCUAUAAAUCUUCAGACUCUGAGUGUUUUUGGGGAUGUGUGAUGUGAAUGUACACAUAGUACUUCAGGAGGCAUUUAAAAACGAUAUUUUAUGGCUGCAGGAUGACAAAUCCUGUCAUGUAUUCUUUUUUGUUUAAUAUAACUAGCAAUUUUGAUAUUUGUAUUUUAAUAUAAUCUGCUUGCUGCAGCCUAAGAACGGGGAUGUGACACAUUAGUAACAAUUUUUUAAAGCAAGUCACUAAUUUAGAACGUUUUCUAUGUAUUUGUAUUACCAAGUUGUUCGUUUGUAAUGUUGAAAUCAUAAGCAUUGGAGCAAAAUAAUUAAAUAACCUGCAUGUGGCAAUUUCAAAUGAACAUUUAGCAUAUCAGUAUCUAUUUCAAAUUCUCUAUUAAAACAGUAAAACAUGCUUGAGUUAAUUCAUGCAAAGCCAGUAAUGAAUUGGACUGCUGAAGCUUUAGAAGAAAUUAUGCCUUUGUAGAAGCUGCAUAAAUUGUCAUGUACACUAGACACUUUUGCUGGUGAGAGUUUCAUUGUUAGUACUAAGAACAUAGUGUACUGUAGAUUUGAUUGGAAGAGUAUAUUUUGCUAAUCUUAUUGAUGAUAAAUUUACAAGUCAUAAAAUGGUAGCAUUUUUAUUGGAAUUUCAGUUGUAACCUGCUUUACAAUCAAUCUGAUUAACACAACAAUAUUUUAUUAAUGAAAACCCAAACCUAUUAUUGCUAUUUUUAAUCAAGUAUUACAUUAAUCUUUAAGUUAAAUGAAGUAGUUAAUGUUUCAGCACUUUCAAACUAGCCUUCAUUCAGGUGUUUUUCAUACAUUUGCAUUGGGUGCAGGUUACAAUUUUGAAGCCAUACAAGUUUAUAUAGACAUUUUGUAAAGAAAUUCAAAAACAAUGUAAAAAGUAUGUGUAACUAUCUGAUCUUAAAUAAAAAAAAUAUGUAGCAAGCUGGUUCUUGCUUGUGUAUACAGCAAUAUCCCUUGUAGCUGCCUCCUAAGGAAAUUAAUUUGUAAACACAACUCUAAAGGAUCUGAAUUUUUAUGAAUUGUUACUACGUUAGACUGUAAAUUAGAGCAUACAAGUUUAUCUUUCAAAAAUUGUAAAUACACUGAAUUUUCAAAAAAUGUAAAUUUUAAAAAUUUGCACCCAUAAUAAACAUGUA